AUGGCGGCAAUGGCGGAGGGGGCGGGGGAGCCGGAGCUGGUGUCGAUCCCCGUGACGCCACGGGGGCUGUCCACGCCGGAGGGGAUGUCCACGCCGCCGGUCAGGAGGGGAGGGGCGGCGACCAGCGGCGCUGGGACGCCGGUGCGCCGGGUGGUGGAGGGGCUGCGCGGCUACCUGGAGGAGGUGGGCCACCUCACGCGCCUCAACCCGCAGGACGCCUGGCUCCCCAUCACCGAGAGCCGCAGCGGCAACGCCAGCUACGCUGCAUUCCACUCUCUCAACGCCGGCCUUGGGUUCCAGGCGCUCCUCCUCCCACUCGCCUUCCCCGCCCUCGGAUGGAGCUGGGGAAUAAUAUCAUUGACUGUUGCUUACUACUGGCAACUAUACACACUCUCCAUUCUAGUCAAGCUUCAUGAAGCAGUCCCAGGCAGGAGGUACAACAGAUAUGUGGAGCUUGCACAAGCUGCAUUUGGAGAAAAACUGGGAGUGUGGCUAGCUCUUUCCCCAACUAUUUAUCUUUCGGCGGGCACUGCAACUGCAUUGAUCCUUGUUGGAGGGGAGACUAUGAAGCUCUUUUACCAAAUAGUGUGCGGCCCCCUUUGUACACCGAGCCCUAUUUCGACGGUCGAGUGGUACUUGGUAUUCACAUCCUUGGCAGUCAUUCUUUCCCAGCUCCCGAAUCUCAACUCGAUUGCUGGGCUUUCGCUUAUCGGUGGCGCCACAGCGAUAAUGUACUGCACCAUGUCGUGGGUUCUCUCUGUGAGCCAGCAACGGCCGGCGGCAGUCUCUUAUGAACAAGUGAGAUCCACUUCUUUUGGCUCAUCACUGUUUUCUACCUUGAAUGCUCUUGGGAUAAUAGCCUUCGCAUUCAGGGGACACAAUCUUUCAUUAGAAAUACAGGCGACGAUGCCGUCGACUUUCAAACACCCUGCACAUGUGCCUAUGUGGCGCGGGGCAAAAGCGGCAUAUCUUCUGAUUGCAAUGUGCAUCUUCCCUGUUGCCAUUGGAGGUUACUGGGCCUACGGAAACAUGAUGCCACCUGGAGGGAUCCUGACCGCCCUCUACAUCUUCCACGGCCACGACAUCUCUCGUGGGCUCCUUGCGGUGACGUUCCUCCUCGUCGUGUUCAACUGCCUUAGCAGCUUCCAGAUAUACUCCAUGCCGGUGUUCGACAGCUUUGAGGCCUUCUACACAGGUCGCACCAACCGGCCCUGCUCAGUCUGGGUCCGGUCUGGGUUCAGGAUCUUCUACGGGUUCAUCUCGCUCUUCAUCGGCAUCGCUCUGCCGUUCCUGUCUAGCCUCGCCGGCCUUCUGGGCGGCCUAACGCUGCCGGUGACGUUUGCCUACCCAUGCUUCAUGUGGAUCUGUAUCAAGAAGCCUGAGAGGUUCAGCUACAGCUGGUACGUGAACUGGGGCCUCGCGCUGCUCAGCACCGCCUUCAGCUUGGCCUCCUCUGUGGGUGGUGUCUGGAGCAUCAUUAACACCGGGAUGAAGCUCAAGUUCUUCAAGCCCAACUAG